CAUGAAAUGUAUACCGAUGGUGUGUUAGUUCUAUUUAGUGUUGACCAGAGUGGUAUCUACGCCUUCACAAUGGAUCUCAGAAGCCUUAGAGUAAGAUAAACAGACAAGAAAGUUUCUUCACUUUAACCAGAACAAUGGUUUAGUUGAAUAACAGGAUAAAUUUGGGUUAUAGGAUGACAUUUGUAAAGAUAUUAUCAUGGAGUACAGCAUUGCAGUAAUACUCAUUAUAUCAGUGUCAAGGUUUCAUGCUGGUUGUUGUCAGAGUUUUAGCCUUCAACCACAAAGUUCCCUUAAACUCAAAGGAAGUGAUAUAACUCUGACUUGCCAGGCAACRGGACUUGUUAGUCCAUCAUACUUUUGGCUUAAAAAUGGUGUCAAUGUGACAAGGGGUACAUCUGGUGUUACUGGCCUGAAAGCAUUCCUCACCAUUACAAAUCUGGUAUUUGAUGAUGCUGGUAAUUAUGCCUGUCGUGCAACUGGAAAUGCAAACACCAUUACCAGCAAAAAUGCAGAGCUUAAUGUUCAAGGUUCACCCGAUGUUGUCCAGCCACCUUCUCCYUUGACAUCACAUGAAGGUUUUACUGUACAGUUUACUUGUGGUGCUGUGGCCAGACCACAACCAUCAGUAACAUGGUAUCAUAAUUCUAGAAAACUUUCCAAUGGUAGCAGGAUAACUAUUUAUGGAAAUGGUUCCCUGUUUAUAAGCACUUUAAUCAAAGCUGAUGCCGGUUCAUACAGAUGCACAGCGAAGAACUCUUUUGGAGAAGACAGUGCAUUUGCAGACCUAACUGUUCUUGAUCCUCCUUCCCCUCCCAUAUUCACCACCAAACCCAGUAAUGCUUCAGCUACAGAGGGAACAAUGGUAGUAUUUUACUGCCAAGCGUCUGGAAGUCCUUCACCAGUCAUUAGUUGGAAACGUAUUGGUGGUACAAUACCUAGUGAUAGRCAAAGUCAKCCAAGGCCUGGGGCUUUGGGAAUCUMGAAUCUAGUGCCAUCAGAUGAUGGGAYUUAUGCUUGUAUGGCGAAUAAUACUCAGGGAGAAAACGUUGCAUAUGUGCKGUUGAGAAUUAAAGGGUAUCCGAGGUUCACUGUUUCUCCAAUUAGUAAAGUGGUUAAUGAAAAGGAUUCCGUGUCUUUUGCUUGCACUGCAAACAGCGACCCAGAACCUAAAGUUACUUGGCAGUUGCCAAAUGGAACAGUUGUUUCAAAAGAAACAUUAUCCUCUGGAAAUAUCCAUGUAUUGCUGAACAAUACAUUAAAUAUUGUACUGGUAAAAGAGGAAAACCAAGGAAUAUAUGCGUGUAUUGCGGUCAAUUCCGUGGGAACAAGAAAAGUGGAGGCCACUUUGUCUGUGCAAACUGUUCCAAAGUUUACAACAAGUCUUCAAAAUGUAACGAGGACACGCGGUCAAGACCUAUUUAUCACGUGCCCUGCGCGUGCGAAUCCCAGUCCGUCCUUUCAGUGGCUGUAUAAAGGAAGUAUAAUUGGAAGGACUCAGGAGCUUAGAUUGACGUCUAUCAAUGCUAGUUAUGAAGGGAAAUACACGUGCCGCGCUAAUAACACAAUGGGAACUGCGAGUGAAGCGUUCUUUUUAAGAAUCAUUGUUGUUCCAGUAAUUACCUUAAAACCAAGCAACCUAACCAUCGGGAUUGGUGGGACAGCAAGAUUCGUCUGUCAAUCAUCCGGUGAUCCAACCCCAUCAAUCACGUGGUACAAAGGUGGUGUYCGUGUUCAAGAAGGACCUCGUGUCUCGAUUCUUACUAACAGUACUCUUGUGAUAAUAAAUGCGGUUAAUAGCGAUGAGGGAUGGUUUACUUGUCGCGCGACAAACAACGCAGGAAGAAGUGAAGGAAAAGCGUAUCUCUUCAUCACAGAUUCACCAAGUUUUACAUCAUUACCAAGCAACACUACUGUCGAUAUUUCGAUGAUGGCAAGUUUGACGUGUAGAGCAGCUGCYAAAGAAACGCCGCGUAUCACGUGGUUCAAAGUGGACCAGUCUGGAAACCUGGUUAGUCAAGUUSCUGAAGCUAAUGUUCUUGUCAGCGGUGAUUUGAAAAUAAACUCAGCACAAAGGAGUGACCGAUCGUACUACGCGUGUCGUGCGUGUAACGCGGCUGGUUGCGCAACAACCCCUCAAGUCUUGUUGAAUGUGCUGUAUUACCCGUCGUUCCUUGUCCCRCCAAAGGAUGUCGGAGUACUUCAAGGUCAAGAUGCUGUUCUAAGGUGUGAGCCUGAUGCUAGUCCUAAAGCUGUUAUAACAUGGCGACGGCCAAACGGACAAGUAUUCGGUGGAAAAGAUUAUGARCAAAUCAUCAAUGAUGUACAGCCGAGUAAAACUGGGGACUACAAGUGCGAAGCUAGUAACUACCUUGGCGACGCAGGACCAGUGRCAAUCCGCCUCACUAUACAAACAAAAUCAGUAAUAACGGAUAUAACGAGGAAGAUGUCAUCUGUAAUCGAGACUGUCACGUGUCUAGUUAGUGGYACUCCACUGCCACGAGUCGCUUGGUACGUCGGGAAAGAUUUGUUACCUCGUAAUGCACAGUAUCCUAACUACAUCGUUACAGCUGACAAAAAGCUACAGAUUCCUGUGGGCUCAUUAGACAAAGAAAAUUUUAUGUGUAAAGCUACAAAUCCUCAGAAUACUGACGUUUAUUUUGUAAAAGCUCCAGUCGCUCCUACUUCUGUCUCGGCUWCUGACGUUACCUCUAAUUCACUMAAAGUCACGUGGUUGAGGCCCAGUCCWCAUCAAUACUUAGUUACUCACUAUCGGCUAGAAAAAUGGUCAGCUGAAAAUUCAUGGGAACUAGUAGAUGAYACAAUCAAAGAACUGUCGUACUCAGUCUCCCGUCUGUCAGCAUAUACUAUCUAUCAAUUUAGAUUGAAGGCGGUUAAUGGACUGGGAACGAGUAACUAUAGUAUGACGUCAGGCAAUGUGUCAACCUUGUCUUCGAGUCCUUCCUCUCCUCGUGACGUAGCUGCGCACGUGAUAAGUGCAAGUCAAAUCAAAGUCACGUGGUCUGUGCCAUUAAAUCUGAAUGGACCUUUGAAUGACCUCAUGUAUCGCUUGAUGUACUAUCCUAAGUUACCUAAUACCACUAAUGAUUUUAACAUGUCACACGAGAAUACCAAGAACCUUCAGGAGUACACUUUGAGUGAACUUAGUGCAGAUAUACAGUAUUCCAUUAWGGUUUUUGCCUGGAGGCGUCGAAGUGAGKAUAGUGUAACCCUCAUGAGUGAAGAAGCUUCAUCUUCUGCCAGAACUCUUCAAAUUGUGCCAUUAACUCCUCCUCUGGAUCUCRUUGUUGUUUCAAAUGGUCCUCACCAAAUUAUUGCUAAAUGGCAGAAACCACCUUAUUCAGUCAGAGGGUACAAUAUUUUGUUCAUGGAAACCGGAGGCAAUUUUACCAAAGUUAACAUAGCUAAUGGUGCUGCCACAAGUYACGUGAUAAUGGACUUAAAGGAGAGUAMUGUUUACAUGGUGAAAGUUCAAAUGUACAGCAAUGUUGAUGAUCGAGGGCCGUUUUCUAKAGUGUUUGAAGUAGAAACUGCAACAGAUAAAUUUGGUUCUAUUGCUGGCCAAUCGCAAGAUAAAAACAGCAUCAGUUGGAAAGUAGCGGUUGGUGGUCUUGUAUGUGGUGUUAUUCUAAUAAUGGUGGUCCUAAUCACUGUUUGGUGCUGGUGGAAAAGAACAAGACAAACAAACCAUACUUUUCAAAUAUCAAAUCGACGAAGGCGAACCCCAAGUUCAAAUGCAAGCGAAGGGAGUGUUGAGGGACAGUACAACGUUGGUGCUUUCAACCCUGAACUGGACACUGAUUUGGAUCUGGAAAUGUUUGCACAUACAGGCAAUGUAGUUCCUAUUUCAACCUCCUUUCGCAAUGAACGGGCGAUUGCAUACUUGGAUCCUACUGUUUUAGAAAGAAACGGUGAUUUUAAUCAAAAAACCAAUAGUAUUUACGAAAACGAUGUAGAUCAAGGAAAGGUAACGAGUAACAAUAAUGAUAGUCGUCCCAAUCUCUACGACAACGUGGAUGUACCUCAUAACGAUCCUUCAAAGCCAACAUAUGCACAAGUAGAUGUGUCAAAGAAAAAGAAACGGUCCAACGGCCCAAGUGUUGAAGUACCAAAGCAACACUUUUCAAAUCAAGUACCUACUUACGCCCAAGUGGACGUGUCUKCGUGCAGCUCUCCUGUCGAUGAGGMUARACAUCCCGAUGAAGUCCCAGUUGCAGAAUCCUCAUGCGACCCACCAGACAUACCAAUAAAAAAUAGAUCCAGUAACAUCAGCGAUGAUAUACCAGACUUUCAGUAUCCCGAUGACGAUUCUGAUUUAUCGGAUGUUCCUUUUCCUGACGAGGACAUGCCACCAUUAGAACGAACAUGGACCAAUGUAUCUGAAUUUAAUUUUCCACCUCCUCCAAGUGAUCCGCCUCCAGGGGACCCGGUCAAUGUUAAUAAGGACGAUACACCAAAUAUCGUACCGAUUUACGAAGACCCGUCUAAUGGCGGUCCUCAAAAUGAAUCCUCUAUACCUAAAGAUAACGGGAUCAAGAAAAGACGAAUGGUUGCCUCGUGGGCAGAUAGYGACGAUGAACCAAUGGGGAACCUUUGGGAAGCUGUUGAUAAGGAGCUUGAUAGACGAUUGGGCACUACAUAGUAUUGAUACAGUAAUAUAUGCAGUGCUAACAAAUCCCUGAAAAUCUUAUUUUAGUGUGAUUUGGAAUAGCUUAUUUUCGAUUUUCUGGUUACUCAUGCUCAAAAGAAUUGAAGACGAGGUCCCUUGCGCGUGGUUGAUCAAACGAAAUAUCGAGUGUGGGUUGUUACCUCGGCAUGAACCCUGCCGACCGACCGGUUCUUUACCAAUUACUAAGUCAACCGGUUUACGAAAAAUAUAGACGCCUUAAAACAUUAUAUAUUACAGAGUGUAUUUCAUACAUUGAAUAGCCUAGAGAGAGAAGGAAAUAGUUUCAAAAGGCCUAUGAUUUUAAAGCAAUCAGUAAUCUUUACUGACACAAUCAACAUGUCUGACAUGAGAAAGGUCGGAAUGCAGAUUAAGUAUAUAUUGGAGCUAAUUUUAAUCUUUAUUGAUGAUCAAUAGCCAUAUCCAAAGUGUGAUAGGAGAUUUAUCGUAUUAUUGAACAAUUCCAAGUGUUAGAAUAAAUGGCACUUUUACUGUA